AUGAAGGAUAAAUACGGAGAACACGAAUGCGCUCGAAGGUACUGUACCGUGUGCAAAGAAAUGGGUUCGAUAGACCACGAAUGCUUUGUCAAGCCGGUCACUGAAAAUACCAGAAAAGGUCGCACAAAGCGAACCGAUACAGGGGACCAAACCGGUGAAAAUAGUGUAAGUGAUGAUGAUGAUGACGAGGCUGAUUAUGAUUUAUGCGAUGAAGGUGAUAAGAAAGGAAAGAAAAAACCAGACGUAGGCAAAUAUGUGUUUUUUGAUUUCGAGUGUACCCAAGACAAUGGUGUUCACGAACCAAACUUGUGCGUUGCUCGAGUAGUAUGUGUAUUGUGUGCUAGUAGAUCUGAAGACGAUCCAUUGUACAUUUCGUGUAAGCAUUGCUCACAGUCUCGUCAGAAGAUAUUUAAAGGUGAUAGAUGUAAGGAAGAGUUCUGUGAUUGGUUAUUCGGUUCCAAGGAUACUUCCAAUUCUACAGCCUUGGCGCACAAUUUGAAAGCGUACGACGGGUAUUUCCUCCUCAGUUACCUGUACGAGAAUGCCAUAAUACCCGAGGUCAUUUACACAGGGUGUAAAAUCCAAGCCAUUAUGCUGCCCAAGUACAAACGCAAAAUUAUCGAUUCCAUGAAUUUCUUACCCAUGGCGCUGAGCAAGUUACCCCAAGCAUUUGGACAGAAGGAACUGCACAAAGGUUUUUUCCCGCAUUUCUGGAACACAAAACAAAACCAAGCGUACGAAGGCCCCUUUCCGGACGCUAAAUACUACGAUCCGGACGGUAUGAGUGCCGAUAAGAGACGUGAAUUCUACAGCUGGUACGAGAAAGAAAAGGGGGGACAUUUUGUAUUGCAAGACGAAUUACUAAAGUAUUGUAUCAGUGACGUUGAAAUUCUGAGUCGUUGUUGCCUACAGUUCCGAACCCUGUUCAAAAAAGUAACAUCGAUGGGGGAAGAUGAUGAGGGGGUGGACCCUUUUGAGAGUUGCAUCACGAUUGCCUCGGCGUGUAAUUUGGUAUACAGAAGAAAUUUUCUGAUCGCCGAUACCAUCGCUGUACUGCCCCCUAACGGUUACGAUUGCAAGGAACAACAAUCCAAAGUCGCGCUACAAUGGCUGCAUUACGUUCACUUGACCGAGGGUACGUAUAUUCAACACGCGAGAAACAAGGGAGAAAAACAGAUUGGGAAGUACAAGGUGGAUGGCUACGACGCUACAAAUCGGAUCAUUUACUCGUUUAACGGGUGUUACUUUCACGGAUGCGUCUCGUGUUACCCAAAUAGGAAGACGAUGAAUAAUACGCUGAUGACACCCAUGUCAGAAUUAUACACGCGCACUCAGGAAAGGAAAACGUUCCUCCAAUCCACGUGUACAAGAUUUGUAGAGAUGUGGGAAUGCCAAUGGAAAGACAUGGUCAAAACUUUGCCCGAAGAUAUGAAACGCGCGCUGCAAGACGAAUCAAUCACCGGACCCCGCGCAACAUUAAAUCCUAGGGAUGCCUUUUACGGAGGGCGUACUAAUGCUACUCGGUUAUUCCACCAAACAUCCGGAGAAGAAAAAAUAAGAUACUGUGGCGGGUCUGUUCCCGAACCAAGUUAUUCCUCGGACCAGGGACUACACAAAGCAGUCUAA